UAUUGUAGAUGCCACCUGUGGAAGUUUAUAGGACGCUGACGUUGUGUAAUGGCAGAAAACUGUUUCAAUCUUGUUCACGUCAAUUUCUGGCCUCAUGGCCUGAAGUCAUCACUCAUUUUGCUAUUACCCAUCGGUUACCGGCGCAUGACAUAAUAUGCAGGUUAAUACACACAUACAUAAAUAUAUACAACUUAUUUAUAGCCUACAUACACGUCAAGGCCGAUAUAUCUUAAUAUCUUAAGUAUUUCUUGAGAAAUAAGAACAGUUAACGUUACCAGAUAUCUAUGCCAUAGUUUAAAUAAUUUAAUGUGACAUCUACAAUUAAAAAGGGAAUCAUUUGCAGUGAUGUGUUUUUCAUGCAGAAUAGCCGAAACCAGAUCUAGGAAAGAUAUAACUUUAGACUUUAGUUUUGUUAAGCCCUCCCUUAUGUCAGGCUCAUUAGCUUUCCCUCGUUAAGGGAAAACAAUAAACAUGUCUGGCACAGAGUGGUGUGACUCAACAAUCCUCCAUAAGGCGGGGUAUUACAACUACAACUACCACGAUUCUGCCAAGAAACAACCUUCUUUUCCGGCGACGAACUCUCGCGAUCACUUGCUUGAAUUCAAAGGCGGGAGUUAAACGUCAUCAGAAACUUGUAAAAAAAAAAAAAAAAAAAAAACGUUUGAAAACAGUUCACUGAAUACUCAAGGAGUCGUGUGUAUCAAGGCUAUUUACUAUAAUAAGAAGCUAAAGGCACAGUCCCGUAACGCCUGCUUCACGAUGGAUUCUUUUGAGGAUGUGUCUGCUCGGGUACUACUGAGAAACGUACUGUACACAGAGCAAGCCUGUUCACCGGUCACACGCAGUAUGUCUCAACAACCAAGUGUGUCCUCCGGGCCCAGAAGGAGCGGCAGACUGCGAAAGAGCGACGCUGGUCUCCACUCUCCUCAGGUCGCUCUCCGACAAAAGCUCAGGCAGAACUUGCACAAGAACAUAUUCACAGGGUCUCCCCUUCAGCAGAGGAAGCGCUCUUUGUCAAUGUCGGGCAUGAUGGGAAAAGUGAAAACGCCUGCGGUGGCGGCGUCCCAUUCCCUGAGCGAAGAUGAGGUCACGCCCCGGCAUCUGCUCAGGGGAAUCCUCCAGACAGAACCCGAGCUGUCCCUGCUGGUUCCUGAUCGACCCAACAGCGAAGACCCGGAGUUGCGUUCAACAGAGUCCAGCCUGUGCAGCAGCAGACCCAGCAUGGGAGUUUCGCACAUGUCCAACCUGGACCUCCCUGACCUGCCCACGGUGAACCUGACCAUGGCCGUCAGGGGCAUCAGCAGGAAGAGGCCGAAGAAGAACAUGAACGUGUCCGUGUUCGAGAGGAAGAUAGUCGACCAGAGUGGAGAUGGCUCUGGGGAUGGGGCACAGGACACGACGGGAAACCUGUCUGGCAUGUCGGGCACAUCUGCGAGCAACCUGAGCCUGACCCUCAAGACGCCCUGUGUGGAUCAGCACGUGGACAGACGGGUGCUGAGGAGGAAUGCUGGGAAUGCUGGGAAGCGCAAGGCCAUCAGUGUGGAGGACUUUGAGGCGGGGGUCCAAGAUCUCCUGGCCAAGAAGAGAAACCCAGACAGGGAGCAGAGUCUGAGCGAGACUGCGGGGAUGGAGAAGUUCACCCUGGGCCUUAGCAACGUGACGACCUCCAACAUCUCCAGCAUCGUCAUUAGCAACACGGCCUCCAUCGCGAUGCACGACUGGGACACCAUUGUGUAUUCUCCCUCCCACCGAGAAGUAGGAGGAGGAGGAGGAGGAGGAGGGGUGGGCGAGAGAAUCCUAGACGAAGUAGAGAAGGAGAAGGAGGAGGAGAUGCAAGUGGAGGAGGAGGAGGUGGGUGGAGAUGUCUAUGGGGACACGGGAGGUGUGGAAGGGAGAGCAGGAGAAAAGAGUUACGAGGACAAAGACACGGGCGCCUUGCUUGACGAGGUUAAGGAGGAGGUCCCGGAAGGGUCUGGGAGCGAGGGAGCGGACGAGCAGGUGAAGGAAGAAGAAGGGGAAGAGGAGGGUUUUGACAGAGGUGAUAUUGAAGCAAACAUGGAAAACGCAGAAGACCUGCAGGCGGAAGAGGAAUUGGCGAGAGUGGAGGAGGCGGAGACCGUGGAGUCUGAGGAAGAGGAAGAACCUGAGCGGGAGGAAGAGGAGCUGGGUGCAGAGUCAGAGGAAGAGGCAGCCGCUGAGUCUGAGGUGCAAGAAGAUGAGGUGGUGGGAUCUGAAAGCGAGGAGGAAGAAAAAGACACCACAUCUGACAGAGAGGAAGGAGGGGCUCGAGGGAGCACUUGGACACAGGAAGAAGGAGGGGCCACAGAAUCUGAAACACAGGAAGAGGAAGUGGCCUCAGGUCAGGAGCAGGUGCGGGAGGCGGAGCACAUCUCGAGGAGAGCCUAUCGCUCGGAGGGAGGGAUGAAGAUCCCUGGAAUGGAGGCAGGAGGUCGCGGCUACAAGAGCCUCUCCAGUGGCCUACAGCCGAUGGGCACGGAGUUGGAGAGCGGCGAUGGACAGGUGCAGUCCGUCAAGUCAUCAGAGGGCGGAGCCUCUAGUGAGUGGCAGAGCGGACCACAGGAGGGGAGCCUGGCAGGGGGGGACUUGCCCCCACAGUCACCUGUCGCCUUGUCGCCUGCGUCAUCACCCAAUGAGAUUCCCCCAUCCGCAGAAGACCUACACCACAGUAGGGGGAGGAGCUUAUUGGAGGAGGAAGAUGAGGAAAAUAUGGGUGGAGCCACAGAAUCUGAGACACAGGAAGGUGGAGGGGCCACAGAAUCUGAGACACAGGAAGGUGGAGGGGCCACAGAAUCUGAGACGCAGGAAGAGGAAGUGGCAGCCGCUGAGUCUGAGGUGCAAGAAGAUGAGGUGGUGGGAUCUGAAAGCGAGGAGGAAGAAAAAGACACCACAUCUGACAGAGAGGAAGGAGGGGCUCGAGGGAGCACUUGGACACAGGAAGAAGGAGGGGCCACAGAAUCUGAAACACAGGAAGAGGAAGUGGCCUCAGGUCAGGAGCAGGUGCGGGAGGCGGAGCACAUCUCGAGGAGAGCCUAUCGCUCGGAGGGAGGGAUGAAGAUCCCUGGAAUGGAGGCAGGAGGUCGCGGCUACAAGAGCCUCUCCAGUGGCCUACAGCCGAUGGGCACGGAGUUGGAGAGCGGCGAUGGACAGGUGCAGUCCGUCAAAUCGUCAGAGGGCAGACCCUCCAGUGAGUGGCAGAGCGGACCACAGGAGAGCCUGACGGGGGGGGACUCGCCCCCGCACUCACCCUCUGCACUAUCGCCUGCGUCAUCGCCCAAUGAGAUUCCUCCAUCCCCGGAACACCUACACUCAAGUAGGGGGAGGAGCUUAUUGGAGGAGGAAGAAGAAGAGGAGGAGGAGGAGGAGGAAAAUAUGGGUGGAGCCAACUAUGCUGAUGAGGCUGAGGACAAAGAGAGCUCGAUCCCUCUGCUACAGCCGGGGUCCCCUGAACUCCAGCUUACCCCACACACCCCCCGCGCCUCCACAAGGGUGGAGCCCAGUGCUGGGAUGAGGCCUGAGGAAGAGCCGGGGCCAUCUGAAGAUGAUGACGACGAUGAAGGGGAGGAAGAUGAGGAUGACCUUUCCCAGAGUGAUGAGCUGCCCUUGGAGACGCCCGCUUUCGUUCGGGAGAGGAAGCGCGUGCUGACGCCCGGCCCCUCGACCACGCCCAACUUCCUCAAACAGAUGAUGGAUGCCAGGAAGCCCACCCAGGCCGCCGCCCCCGCUGCCAAGCCCAAGCCCCAAAGGAAGGGGCGGGCCGCCCCCUCCCAGAAGGAACCGGGCCUGCCCAAGAGCUACGUCAUGACUGCCUUCAAACACUUCGCCAAGACCACCGUGUCCUCGGAGGCCUACCCUGUACUCAAGGACAUUAUGGCCAAGUACUUUGACCGUCUGGCCGAUGACCUGGAGGCCUAUGCCACGCACGCCAAGAGGAAGACCAUCGAGAUGGAGGACGUGGUGCUGCUCAUGAGAAGGCAGGGCUUCGUGACUGACAGCAUGCCGGUUAACGUCCUGAUCGAGAAGUAUCUCCCCAACGAGUACAGGAAACUGCUGAUCCCCGUGGCAACCAGUGGAAACAAGAUCAUCCCCAAGCAGAAAAGAUGAACAACGGCAGCCCAUCUGUCACCGCCCGGCCCAAAGCUUUGAGCCAAAGCCACCAUCAUAAUCGGUGUCCUUUUACUGUGCCUAUGAAAUUAUGUUUGUAUUUUGUUGUUGUUGUUUUUUGGGCUGAACAAUAUUCUAUUAUGAUGUUAAAGUCGAAAUGGUAAACCGAAGCCUACUGUUAAUUUUGUAAGUCUUCCCUUAUUUAAACAUUAAUAAAUGUAAGAUUUUGCCAAUAAAGAAUGUCAUU